AAAUUAUAUUUUGCGGGGGAAAACUUUUUCUUGAUUUUCUUUUUCACUCUUUUUGUUAAUAAAAUAUCGAAUCCAUUUUUCAUUAUAAAUAAAUAUUUUAUAUUUUUAUUUUGUUCAUUAAACUAUCCAAUAAUGGAAGGUGAAAAAAUUGAAAUGUGUAAAAGCUUAAUAGAAUGGUUUAAGACGUUAAAUCUAAAAGCCCCUCAUAGCAAUGCAGAACAAUUGAGUGAUGGCGUAGCAUUAGCACAAUCUUUAAAUCAAUUUUCUCCCGAAUCUUUUCCAGAAUCAUGGCUAUCGAAAGUCCGAUCAGAUGUUGGUUCCAAUUGGCGUUUAAAAAUGAGCAAUAUGAAGAAAGUUAUUGAGGGCAUUUAUGAUUACUAUACCGAUGUAUUGAAUUAUACUUUAUCUGACUAUCCCCGCCCAGAUGCACAGAAAAUUGCAGAGAAAUCUGAUAUGAUUGAGCUGGAGCGUCUUUUGCAAUUGAUUCUGGGUUGUGCUGUAAAUUGUGCUGAUAAACAAGAUUACAUCACACAAAUAAUGGAAUUGGAGGAAUCACUCCAACAGAAUAUUAUGCGGGCACUACAAGAUUUAGAGUCGACGCUGCAGGGCUCAUCACCAUCGAGGAAUUCAAUUGCAAUGGUUAAUUUUGAUUUUAAACUAUUGCAAGAGGAACGAGAUGCUUUGGCGCAAAAGUGUUUUGAGGCGGAAAAGAAGAUACUACUACUAGUUGAAGAGAAAACCCUCGUCCAACAAGAGCUUACAAAGCUGCAACUUGAAAUGGAAAAACAUGAAAACCCCUCGACCAUUGGGGAAGAUGGUACAUCCCUUGGACCAAUGCAACCGGGAUCAGCUCGCUACAACGAACUACGUCGUCAAAUGGAGCUCCUAAAAGAAGAGCUUCUUCAAUCGGAAACCGCUCGAGAAGACUUGAAAAUAAAAACCCAGCAACAGGAAAAAGAACUAACUACCUUGCAGCAAAAAAUUGAAGAACUUACGCAAAAUACAACAGAAUUGUCACAGUUGAAGGAUGAACUUGAUAUUCUUCGUGAAUCGAAUGACAAACUAAAAGUUUAUGAAACUCAAUUAAUUACGUACAAGAAGAAAUUAGAAGAUCAUAACGAUUUGAAGAAACAAAUUAAAAUGCUUGAAGAUCGUAGUGCAGAGUAUUUGCAACAAAAUGCUGCUUUUGAAGAAGAUGCUAAAAAGUUUGCAACAGUUAAAGGGCAAGUUGAGCUUUAUAAAAAAGAGAUUCAAGAGCUUCAUAAAAAGCUUGAUAUUGAAUUGAGCAAAAAUGACAAAUUAGAAUUUACUAAUAAGAACUUGGAGAGUAAUUUGAGUGCAUUGCAAAGAGCUAAAGAGAGUUUGUUGAAGGAAAGAGAUAAUUUGAGAGAAGCUGUUGAUGAAUUGAAGUGUGGAGAGUUGUCAAAAAGAAAAGAAAGUGGCAAUACAAUGUCCAAGGAACUUCAAUCACCUGCUCUGAUUGAGAAAAUCGAACGUCUGGAAGCCGAAAACAAGGCCUUACGAGAAGGUCAAGGUGGACAAACAGCUUUAGCGCAAUUACUUGAUGAUGCAAACAAGCGCAACGAUAAUCUCAGGGAACAACUCAAAUCUGCAAAUGAGGAAGUUCUUUCAUUAAAAUUAGCAUCCACCAAAAUUGAUCCUAAUGCAAAGGGUGGUGAAAUGGAUAAACACCUUAAGCAGCUUAUUGAACUCAACGAACAAAAGACCUACCAAUUGGAAGAUUCGUUGCAAAAGAAUACUGCUUUACAAGCAAAGAUUACUAAAUUAGAGAGCACGGUAUCGGCAAGAGAACAGGAACUAUUAGCAUUCGAUGCAAAGUAUAGAAAAUGUGUGGAAAAGGCAAAGGAAGUUAUUAAAAACCUUGAUCCAAGAAUAGCUAGUGUUAUCGAAAAUAUUGGUUUAGAGAAACCUCAAGAAACCGAAACAGAAAGCAAAACUGGCAUGAGUACUAUGGAAGAACAACUUAUGACAACAGCCUUCUAUAGACUUGGAGUCAAUGCACAACGUGAUGCAGUUGAUACAAAACUUGCCAUGCUUAUGGGUCAAGGACAAACUUUUCUAGCUAGACAGAGACAGUCAGCCCCUCGAAAAUCUCAGACCAACACAUUCAAAUCCAAAUAACAUACUUCUGCAUGGCAUACUAACCUAUAUAAAAUAUUAUUCUAUAUUGUUACAAUUAUUAUUAUUAUUAAGAAAACAAAGUGUUUUCCUAUUAUUUUUUGUUUGCAAGUUAGUUUUUCCUAUUUAUAUUUAAAAACAAAACAAAA